AUGACGAAUCGUCAGCCUUUGGCCGAAACCACAAAUUCAACUAGAGGACUUGGUGGAUCCGGAUGGAACGGAGGGGGGCCGCCGUCGAUUGCGGAUUUGUUGAAGGUGAUGAAUGAACGGUUUGACCGAGUGGACGAACGGUUUGACCGAGUGGACGAACGGUUUGACCGAGUUGAAUUCACUCUCAAUCCGAUGUCGUGUGACAAUUUCCAUGCCAUCCCUGUGAUUGGGGCUGAAGCUCACACGCUCACAGAAGGGAAACAGGCAACCUAUACCUGGUUUGAUUACGGGGGCACAUGUUGUAUCGUUUGUGCUGCCCAUUGUGCCAUUCCGAUUGCCACUACUGGGAACUGCAUGUUCAUUGAACUACCUCAAGCGAUUACUAUGUUGGGCGUCGAAGGCAUUUACUUGGUAGACCCCUACAACCCAGAUUUCAAAAAUCCACUGCCUGUACACAAGGAUCUGAUUGUCAUCAAGGUAAAGUCACCCCCUCCGUCUGGGAGAACUUUACCGCAGUUUACCAAAGUGACACAAGAAAAAGCAAAACAACCGCGAAGGACACGAAUUGUUGGCCGAGGACUCGGAAGCGUUGUUUCUAGCCGUGAUGGUACCCUUGUUUCGACGAGUAACGUUGAGUCUGGCGGCCACUUGCGGUUUCUACUCGAUCAAGGAGAACCUGGUGACAGUGGAACGCUUUUGCUCGUCAAGGACGAGCUUGGAGGUUUUCAUGCCCGUGCUAUCUUUUGUGGAAUUCAGGCCGGUUUGACUCCACAGCAUUCUCGUCGAGGGCAAGCAACGAUUCUGCCACCGUUGGAUUGUCUUACUUGGCUCCCAGUCGACCCUUUUCAGAUGAAUGCUACAGGAACAGUCAAUGUCACGUGUGGAGUCAAAGCUGACGCCACAAUUUACCUCAAAAACCUCAAUUGCAGUGCUAUUGCAAAAGUAGCAUUUGGUCUAAAUGCAGUUGAUCUGAAGGACAGCAAUGGCACUGUGAAGCAUGGCGUAUUUGUGAGCGUGGCGCAGCAGAUCAAUUAUGUUGGGGCGGCCGAUCACUACGCGAUGAACGGACAGUUGUGA